UUUAUAAACUAUUAGGUGGCACGCAUGUGCAGCAUAGCUAUCCAACGUUAGCAUCUCGUCGUUCUGGAGUGGGUCGACGUCUACCACCGACACCAAGUAAACCAUCGACACUGCAGCUAAAGCCAACUAAUAUUAAUUUCCCUAAACUAAACGCUAGUCCAACGCAUCAGACACAUCACUCGACACCUCAUAGUGUUCACUCGCUGCCACACCACCGUGAUCUAUUGCGGGAUCCUAGGGAUAUGUAUUAUAGUAGCAGAGAACGUGACCGUGAUAGGGAACGGUAUAGAGACCGAAUGCGUGAUUAUGAUCUACGAUACGAAUAUCGAGAUCGUGAGCGUGAGAUGUAUGAAAGAGAACGUGAUCGUGAAAGAGAGUUAGAAAGAGAAAGACUGGAAUAUAUAGCACCAUUGUCCUUUGAACAAGCGCUUGCAAUGGGCAGAACGGGGCGUGUACUGCCUUCACCCGUUCUAAAUGGCUAUAAGCCAAAAGGUGGAUUACACGCACGCCACUCCGAUUCAGAUGAGGAAGAUUGGUGCUAGCAAAGGCUUUGAUUGCGAUCGCGUGAUCGAAGGGAACAGAUCUGGGUAUAGCAUCAGGCCAUUUUUUCAUCACGAUCCGCACCAGACUUAGAUCACAAUUUUGAUACAAUACCACUGCAACAACUAACAGCAACAUCCGAUACCGAAUUGCAAAGAUACAUAAAAGCAUAUCCGUUAAAAUCAACAAACAUAGAUAACAUUGCCGAAACUACUACAACUACAACUAUAGCAACUACAAAAAUUUAUUCCGAUCAUGAGAUAAACUAUAGAGAUUUUACAAAUUUACAACCAACCGAACAAAUUCAACUACCAGAACCAUUAGAUAUGGCACAACCAACUGAUACAUUGGUAUCACCAAAGGAACAACAUCUUUAUCAUACACUUUAAAUACUAGACUUACAUACAUAUAUAUAUAUAAUAAGAAUAUCGUAUAUAGGACUAUUAACUGUUGAAAAGAAUGAAAUUUAAUACUUGUUAAUGUAAAGAGAAAUGUGUUCAAAAAUUUUAGAAAUGACGGUAAAUCAAAUAAUGCAUAAACCAAUGAGGAAUUGAAGAACUGAAAUAUUGAAAUGAACGACAAAAAUAACU